AAAUUCUGUGGAUGUUUUUGCACUGUGAGUACAAAUUAAUUCACUGCUGCAAUUAGAAGUAUCAGUCAUGCUGCGAAUCUUUUGCUGCGCGUGUAUUGUAUUUUGUACGAAUUCCUACGUUGUUAAUGAAAACAGAUGCGCUUUCCCUGACCAGAUCUAAGUAUGGAAUCUGGGUGAAACUGUAGUUUCCAGAGCAAAUUCGCCGAUCAUAGGGUUUGAUAGGCAGUAAGCAUACACACAGGCAUCAGAGAGACGCCGCUUGUGCAUUUGCAUUAGUUGUCAUGCUGUAUUUCGGUGCAGCUGUUGUGUGAUUUGUUUAUCAUUAAUGUUGGACGGGACACAGCCCUGAUUGCUCACUUUAUAAUCGAAUAUGUGUCACAUAUCGGUAUAAUGCAAGUACUGUGCUGUUACAAUACGACACAAUUGGUAGAAAUUACGUAGGUCUGAUGUUCUUCACUAUUUGAUCAUGCUUGUAGGAUGUGUGUAGCUGUCAACAGCAAAUGCCUAGGUGUUUUACAAAACCCACAGCUUGUGACUUUGUGAAGUGGUCUGUUUCAAGAGUUAAACGAUUAUUUGUGUAUUGUGCAACAUUAGUUGUUGCUAAUAGUGACUUGAGCCUCCAGUGAUUAAUAUCCAUACCAACAAAAUUUGCUGUCACAGUUGGUGGGAUGUUGUUGCAACAGGCGCCAUAUUUUUGUCAAAAGAUGGUGAUAGUUACUGGUUGGAUGCAAAAUGUGGGGCCCUACCCAAAUAGCCGGGAUAUCAUAACGACUCCUCCUAAAAUGGCUGCACGGGCUGUUCUGAUCUGUAGGCCAAAUUCUCAUCCAUUCCAGGAACGCUCGCUGGUUCUUGACCAGCCAGUGAAAAUUGGUCGAUCAGUUGCAAGAGCCCGCGCAGCCCAAAACAAUGCAAUCUUUGAUUGCAAAGUGUUGUCCAGAAAUCAUGCGCUGUUGUGGUAUGAAAAUGGAAAGUUUUACCUGCAAGACACAAAAAGUAGCAACGGGACUUUUGUCAAUAACCAACGUUUAAGUAAGAGUGCUGAUGAAUCUCCACCCCGUGAAGUUUGUUCGGGUGACAUUGUACAGUUUGGUGUUGAUGUGAUGGAGAAUGCACGUAAGGUGACGCACGGCUGUAUAGUAGCUACAUUGAAACUCUACUUGCCUGAUGGGAAGGAAGCGAAGGCAAGUUCCUCAACAUCAGUCGUGAGCUCUAUUGGAGUGGUUCCACUUGAAGAUCUGUACCAGCUCAACCAGUACUUACAGGAUGCUUUGCAACGUGAACAGUUGCUUGAAAACAAACUUGCCACUAUGCAGAGGCUCAUGGAGACAACACGACAAGCAUCAGACAGAAGCUGGAGAGCAUUGAUUGAUGAAGACAGAUUACUCUCACGUGUGGAAAUACUGGAGAGUCAGUUGCUUGUAUACUCAAAGAAUUUUGGAGAAGAUAAACUUCGAGAAGAGCUACGAAAACUGCAAGAAGAUAAAAGUCAGUACCUUGGUACAGCCAAAGAAUCGUUACGAAGGAUUCUUCAGGAGAAAUUGGAUGCAAUUACUAAAUUAGCUGAUCUGGAAAGAACUCUGAGUAACACUGAAGAUGAAGUUGACCAUUUGAAGGAUAUGCGAGAAAGGAGCCAACAGGAACUUCAGGAGCUAGCUCACAAAUACACUACUCAACUUCAGAAGGUCGAAGACUUGGCAUCCAAGUUGCAGGAGACAGAAGAACAACACCGUGAAAUAUGUGAGCGGCUAGAGCAAGAGAAACGAGAGUUGUCUGCCCAAGUGGAAGACCAGUUGUACUCAGAGGCAGCACUCCAAGCAAGGCUUGAUGCUGUUACUAAAGACAGUGAUCUUAUAUCGCAGCGACAACGUGCAUUGCUUCAAACAUGUCUUAACAACAGUCAUUCAAUCCUUGAUAUGAAAGAGAACUCUGAGACAAUGAAGGAGACUGAUUCCACUGGUACACAGGUAGACCUGAUUUUAGAAAAGAUAGUUCCUGAUCGACAGACACAAGAUUAUUUAAAAGAUGCAGCAGAUAAUAUAAAAUUUCAGCUACAAAAGACAGAAGAUGCUUUACAAGAAAGUCAUGCAGAAGUGCGCCAGCUGUAUGUUAAACUGGAAGAUGCACGUUCUCAAGAAGACUCACUGUUAGAUAAUGUUCACCAACUGGAAGAAAAUUUAGCAGCUCUAAGGAAACAAGUUGACAAAACUCCUCAUGAUAACUCUCAGACAAUUGCCCAGGUGAAUGCUAAUCAGAACAACAAAUUAAAAGCCGAAGUAAUUAAACUUGAAGAAGCUCUGUGGAUUUCUCAAUUGUGGGUUGACCAGUAUUCCUGCAUGGUGGUAGUUUUGAAAGAACUGCUGAGUGAAGCUCGGAAUAAAGCACAGUCUGCUGAGGAACAAGUAUUACUGUAUCAGAAGGAACUUGAAAAUGUUCAGCAGAAAGUAAAGAGCUUAACUGAAGAGGCGACUAUUCUUCAGCAGCAACAUCAGGUGUAUCAGUUCAUGGCUGAAAAUAAAUCUGACACUGUGGGAAAGUUACAUGAAACUAUAAAGCGACUGACAUUUGCAAGAGAUCAGCUGCAACUGGAAGUUCAUAAACUGGAGGAAAAGCUCCAAGUGGAAGUAGCAGCUUCUCGUCGUCAUAGUGAUGAAUCAGAGCGCUUGCGAAAGCAACUUGUGGAAGUGCAGCAAUGUGUGAAGCAAGGACAUAAUGAGGCAGAAAAAAUGAAGGAUAGGCUGAAUGCUCUUCAGGCUGAAUUAGAUGCACGUAUAAAUAGUGCAGAACUAAUGUCCGACAAUAAAGAUAAAGAGGAGGUUCAGCAACUAUCCAACCGAUGCGUGAUCCUGGAAGCUGAAAAUCUCAGGUUACGAGCGGAGUGUGUGAAGUUGAACAAACAGUGCAGUGACCAGCUUCAAAUUCAGGAAGAAUUGGAAGCACUGAAAUCACAUUUGUCAAGUCAUCCUAUUGGUAACUUCUUAGAAGAAGUGGAUGAACUUAAGAGCCAGAGGUCAAAAAUGACUGAGAAGGUAAAUUGUCUUGAGGAAGAACUUGUGCUUGUGAAAGAGAGGUAUGCAAAAUGCAAUGAUGAACAAACUCGUCUGAUAAAAGAACUUGAAAUACUGAAACAAGACAGUGGUAGUUUGCUUAAUCAGACAUAUGCUGCUUUGUGGUGUGGAUUGGUACCAUUCAUCAUAGUGUUCCUGGGAAUUAUUAUGGCAUUCUAUCCCACAUUGUCUUUCUUCAUGGGUACAGCUGAUUCACCACUUCAACCAUAGUGAAGAUGUACAAGAACAGCAUGUUAUGAAUGUUUCCAACUGUACAAGGAAAGCAUAAUGCAUAUGAAAUUUUGUUAGCAAGUGUCUCAGGGGUCAAGAUAAAAUAAUUUAUGUGCUUUAAUAUUGCAAUACAAGAUGAUAUUUUUUUCAUCCACUGUUUAAAUAGAUUUAAUGAUGUAGGACCUCUUUUAUGUAUCAUGAAAUAUUUUAGUUGUAACUGUUUUUUUAAUCUGUAUUAUAUGAUGAGUAUUAUGUUAGUAGCAUUCUGCUUCUGAUACUUUCUAAACAUACUCCUGUUUCAUUUGGUAAAACUUGUUUUAUGUAUAAUGUUCUGUCAUUGCAUGACUUUUUAAUGUUGUAUUACUCAUACUUACUUUUUGAAUCUGUCUGCUUGUUUGUACACUUGUUUGUAUUUUUUGCUGCUUUGGUUUGUUGUUGUUGUUGAUGUUGUUGUUGUUGUUAUUGCUAUUGUUAUUGUUGUUAGUCUGAUGUAUUUGUUUUAAGAAAAAGUACAAAAUUGGAUUUUCGAGUUUUAUAAUUUGGCACAAAAGUUACUUUCUAAGAGGGGUGUGUGUGUGUGUGUGUGUGUGUGUGUGUGUGUGUGUGUGUGUGUGUGUGUGAUAAUUCAUUUGUGGGGAAAAUCUCUGCACCCAGCUGUAGCUAUAUGGAACAGUUGUCAAAUGAAAAUUUAAAGUACUUAUAUAUGUAGUUGUGGUAAUGAUUGUAUCUACAACAAAAUCAUUGCUGCUUCAAUUUGACAAAAUAGUGGGGAAGAAAUUGGUGAUGACUAUAAUCAAGGAAUCAUUCUGACAUUUGCCUGAAGUGAGCAAACUUAAAUUGGCGCAUGGAAUGAAAAUUAAUCCAGAUCCUCGUGAACAGAAGUCUGUUACCUUAGCUGAGUAGCAAAUAACUUGGUUGCAACACAAGGACUGUGUCACUGAAGCGCAAAUUCUCCCUCAUAGAAUUUUUCCCCUAUUAUGUUCAUGUUGCAAUUUAAUUCUGAAGAGCCGGCUGCAGUGGUCUCGCGGUUCUAGGCGCUCAAUCAGGAACCGCGCGACUGCUACGGUCGCAGGUUCGAAUCCUGCCCAGGGCAUGGAUGUGUGUGAUGUCCUUAGGUUAGUUAGGUUUAAGUAGUUCUAAGUUCUAGGGGACUGAUGACCUGAGAUGUUAAGUCCCAUAGUGCUCAGAGCCAUUUGAACCAUUUUAAUUUUGUGGAUAAAUAUAUUAUUUCAACCAUUUCAGUUCACUGAGAAUAUAUGAAACCCAAUGUUUUUUUGUGCUAAUAUUGGUAAUGAAAUUCAGUGUGUUCUGUUCUGGAUUGUAAUCUUGUGCCAAGAAAUGAAGUUAAAUGUUUUGGUAAUAACAUAAAACUGUAAAAUGUAGAACUAAUGCUGUGUGUAAAGUUAGUAACAGUAAGUUACAAUGAUUAUAUCUUGUUAUUUUAAUUGUGUUUUUUUUUCCAUUGAGAAGCAAAAACGAUUCACUCCUUCAGUUUGAUUAUGUUGUAAUCGUUUGUUUUAUAGUGUAUAACUCCAAUUAAUAAUCACACAACAUAAUGUGUGCAACCUCUGUAGAGACAUUUAUAUAAAUAUGUCGUCAUGCACUAGUUUGGGUAAACGUUUGUUUAAGAUUUGUAGACAAUGUCGUGGAAUGUUGUAGACUCGUCAUGAAAUUUAUAAUUUUAUACCUUUUUAAUACCAGCAAAGCUUACAGUGGCUGAUCAUUACUGUAAUAAUGUGGUAAACUGUGUGAGAAGCACAAAAGUGUAAGAGUAUUCAGGAUGUAUUUUAUGUACAUAGAGAAACUGUAUAUAUACAGAAAAAAGCAGAGAAAAAGAAGAGGUAUGUUCCUGCUAUACGACUGAGUAAGCCAUCACUGUCUUGCCGUAUGCAAAAGAAGUUAUCCAUUUGUGAUAUUCGCUAUGGAUCAAAUAAAAAACGUGUGUGUGUGUGUGUGUGUGUGUGUGUGUGUGUGUGGUGUGUGUGGUGUGUGUGUGAGAGAGAGAGAGAGAGAGAGAGAUAUGCAAAAUUGAAGCUCUACCUGGUAGAACUCUGUAAUAUUUUAAUUGGGAAGUAUGACUUGUAAUUCCCGAGAGUGGAUGGUUUGCAAAUCUUUUUUAAGUAUUUGUGUGGUGCUGUGUUCUGUAAAAUGGUUAGUUCUCUUUUAUAUAUAAGCCAUGUAUUUGGAAUACCAUAGCAAAGAAAGUAUGUGGUUGAAGUAUGUUUCUCCUCAUGUCAACUUCCACCCUUCAAAAAGAGUAUUUGAAAUGGGUUGGCAUAUUGAGAUUGAUUGUAGGCUGUAGUAUUUUUUCUAACAGUAAAAAAUGAAAGCUAAACAAGAUACUGGUUUGAUAUAGGAUUACAGAAAAUGUGCAUUGGAUAGUAUUUCUUGAAUGCUAGACAUUAUUUUGUUGUUUGUAAAGAUAGUAUUUUAUAUUUAAUUAAACAUAAUGAAUUCCUAAAUUGAAGUGGUGUAGAUAUGUUACCUCUCAAGGUGCCUUUUCAGUUUUCACUGUCCCAGGGUAUGAAGUUUACUGGUUUGUCCAGAUGUGGACUUGAAUAGCCUAAGUUAAUACCAUUGCAUGAUGUGUGAUAGUAUUUUCCCCCCUCUCAACAGCGUUAAUGAAGAAAAUUGCUGUUAGUGGUGUGUACCAUUAACUGUAGAUAUUGUUAUUAUUUUAUUUAAAUGUAAAUAUUAUACAUUUUGUAAGUAACUGUAUGCUCAAACUAUAUGCCAUCUGCAGGAUUGCUUUGUGUCUAUGUACCUGCAGUAAGAAUGUCAAAUUUCGUGAUUUUUCUUAAAAAUGUUUGUAAACAUUUAUUUCAACAUAGAAGGAAAUUUUAUUUUAUUCAACAAUAUGGAAAAUUAUAUAUUUAAAAUGAGCAUUUUUGUUUACUGUUUUAUAGAAAUACUUAAAUAUUGUUACUUGAUAUGUUAAAUUCAUGCCAUUUUUACAGUUCUGUUCAAAGAAGGAAGAUUGACAAGAAAUGUAAAUAUUUUGUGAACUUUAAGUCAUAACUUUAGUAAGUUAGUAAUUCAGGAUGAAUAACUAACUGUCUCUCAGAAGUCUAGUCCCAAAUUUUAAAUCUACAGAUUUAUUUAUUGAAGAAUGAUUAUGUUUAAAAGUGCUUUACUUUUACAAGAAACCUACCAAUUGACUCUGUUAAAUGUUUUGUACAUUGUGUUAAACAAUUACAUGAUUGCUAAUACUGUUUGUGAUAAUGACAGUUUUCUUUUAUGUCCCUUUUAUCAACUGCUCAAUUGCAGUACAGUUUUUGAGAAAUAAAUGAAACAAGGCAGAAGCUGUUCUGGAAGUGCCUCAAUUAAAACAAACUGUAAAAGAAAGAAAUAAAAAUACAGUGCUCAUCAAAGUAUUUA